UCAAUGUAACCUUUCGCUUUCAAACUUUCAGAGUUGACGAGAAGCAUCUCGCUUGUGUGUUUUUAGUCCUUUCGUCUUGUGUUUUUCCGGAAAUUUCGUCUUAAUGGACGGUGAAAAUGCUAAAAGCAACGGCGGCCUCCUGACGGAGGAAACGGCCCGACUCAGGCGCAGUUAUAUCGCAGAGUCCUGUCAACUGCACUACACCCAAAGCCCUCUGAAAAUCAUGAGCUCGGAGGGCGCUUAUCUGAUUGACUCGAUGGGCACCAAGUACCUUGACUGUGCAACAAGAUUGUCAAAUGUUGGGCACUGCCACCCUUGUGUUGUUGCUGCUGGUCGCUCGAUGAUGCAGACACUUGGUGCAAUCCAGGACAACUUGCAGCACGAACAGUACGCCAAAAAUCUGCUCAAAACUCUUCCAUCAAACUUUGAAGUAUGCCUAUUUACAAAUUCGGGAAGCGAAGCCAACGACUUGGCUGUCCAAUUAGCAAGAAGCUACACGAGAAGAAAAUCGGUGGCCAUCAUGGAAAAUUCCUUUCACGGCUCUUCUGAAAUGCUCACCAAGAUUUGCCCAAAAACGUUUAGAAUGCUGCCAGCUGGCAAACCAAGCUGGGUCACCGUCGUUCCACUGCCCGACACUUACCGAGGAAAGCACAUGCAUGACAUUUACGCUGCUCAAAAAUAUUUCGAAGAGGCCAAAGUCGCAAUUCAAAAGGGAAUCAUUGAAGGCGGAGAACUUGCCUGUUUUCUAUCAGAGCCUGUGUUCAUGGUUCAGGGAAUGGUUAUACCUCCGCCUGGUUACAUUGCAAAUAUCUAUAAUUACAUCAAAAGUCUGGGAGCACUUGUGAUAGCAGAUGAAAUCCAACUUGGACUCGGACGAUGUGGCCCCAAAUUUUGGGGAUUUCAAACUCAAGGCGCUGUGCCUGACAUUGUCACUGUUGGAAAGGCAAUAGGAAAUGGGUACCCCUUAUCAGUAGUAGUGACAUCUCGGAAAAUAGCGGAAGCAUUGCCAAACUGGUCUAAGCAGUACCAAUGCGAGUCAGUUGCCGUUGCAAUAGCAAACUCGGUUCUGAAAGUUAUAGAAGAAGAGCAAUUGGUGCAAAGUGGCCUGCAAAGUAUGGAUUACCUUUUUGAAAAAUUGACCCAAUUCAAGGAUAAACACUAUUUUAUUGGCGAUGUUCGAAAAAUUGGUCUUGUCGUAGGAGUAGACGUUGUUUGGAAUAAAGAGUCUCGUAAACCAGAUCCAACACUAGCGGAAAAAAUAUCAUAUAGGCUAAAGGAGAAUAAUGUAAUCGUCGCAAACGAAGGAUUCCACAAUAAUAUUUUGACGUUCAUGCCACCCUUCUGCAUAACCACCCAGGACGUAGAUAUGCUUGUUGUCUGUAUUGGCAGAAUAUUUGCCGAAUUGCAAGUCGAGAACUCCUCUGCAAUUUUAGAUGAGCUGUACGGACCUCAACCUAGCACAAGCAACAUUUCCAUGUUAAGCAUGGGAAUGCCAUCGAGCAAUUUCGUGAUGGAGGAACCCUCGUCCCCAGAUGGCCCAGAUGACAGCUACGACUAUGCUUACUCCGAUGACGAGGCGCGAAAAGAAGCCGAGGCCUACGCAGAUAUGGACUAAUCUUGGGCAGUGAUUACAAUUAGCAUUUAAACUCGCGCGGGCUUCAGGGUUUUUGACUUCUAGUAAUUUAUUCAUGACUUUAACACUUAAAGUAAAUAAUAACAUUCUUGCUCAUUCUUUAAGUGUAUCAUACACGUUACAAUCAAUGUAAUUUAUAGAAACAUAUGAGAUUAUGUGUUGAUCUCAUUCUUCAGAACACACGGACAGUGGUGAGACAGAUAAUUAUUAUUAUCUAGCUGUGAACCAAGAGUCUAGCAUUUUACUAGCAUGCACAUUUAAAAUUUAAAGUACAAACUUUUAAUGCAUGUUAUGAUUAUGUGUAUUUUGUGAGAGAAAAAAGGGGAGAAUUUCAGUCGUUGAUUUAAAAAUCACAAAGUUACCAAUCUAACGUAACCUGAAAGUGUACUUUACAAAUAAUAUGAAAUUGAUCUUACUUGAUAAAUGUAUCGGUUUUAAAAUUUGACUGUUGUUUUAAGUGUCAUAUUUUUAUAGAGCUGUUAACUGAAUAUUUUAUAAAUAAAAGUCAUGACAGAAAAAAUGAAAUUAUUUUUAACAGCCUCACUUAAUUACUUGACAUUUAUCACAUUCAAGAUUAACACAAUGUUAACACGGGCGACUGAUAAAUAUUUAAUAAUUAUGAAACGCGUUCAGUCGCUGUCAUCAUCGUGGCUCCUUGUCAGCGGCUGUCUGCACUCCUCAUCAGACCCGUACACCACCUCUUCAUCACUGUCGUUUAUCAUUGAGAAAGCAGGGUUGUCUUUCGUGAUUGUUGAAUCUGUCAAAUGUAAAAU